UCAGUGUGAGGGAGAGUAGCUGCCUGGUAGAGUAGCUGUCUGUGUCAGUGUGAGGGAGAGUAGCUGCCUGGUAGAGUAGCUGUCUGGCAGUAGCAGUGUGAAGGAGGAGCUGACAGUGUCAGUGUGGAGGAGAGGAUCUGCUUGCUGCAGCGUGGGUACCACUCUCAGUCCGGAGGAGACUGAUUUGGAGAUCUGCAGGUGGCCCUGGAGGGCUCGGAGACUCAGAAGAUGGAGGGAGUGGGGAGGGAGCAGAGUGAUGUUCCAGCCCGGGAGAAGAGGAGCCAGACCGGGGAGCAGAGAGGGGACAGACCGAGGGCCACCCGGAGCUGCAGCAUGAACACAUCGGAGGCAAAGGAUUACCUUACAGACAGACAGAUCCCCAGGCUGUUCGAGAGCCUGCUCACUGGCCUCAUGUAUUACCGACCAGAGGACCCCAUCAAUUAUCUGGAACUAUGUCUACAGAGAGUCCGGGAUUUGGGGGGCCCUGAAAAAGUGCAAUGGGACACAUUCCUGAAUCGCAAUUUGCCUCCUAUUAAUGGAGGGGCUGGGAAGAAAGCAGCACACAGACCAGAGGUCCUUCCUCCCCCAUUGAUACGACGUUAUGAGCGCCUGCCUCCUAUCCAGUCACAAUUCUCCAUUGACAGUGAUUCAGAUAUGACAGAGUCUUCAGGACUUAUCCAGGAAUAUGAUGUAUUUGACCCUAACAGAGAAAGACCCAAAAUAAUCUUUGUUAUAGGUGGUCCUGGAAGUGGGAAAGGAACUCAGAGCACCAAGAUGGCCUCACAUUUUGGUUUUAUCUGUAUUUCUGUUGGCGAUAUUCUGCGCAAACAGCUGAUCCACCAUGCAAGCAGUGACCGCAAAUGGGAAUUAAUUGCCCAGAUUAUCUCUAAGGGAGAACUCGCUCCUCCUGAAACAACAAUUGAGGAGUUAAAACAACAGUUUAUAAAUCAUCAGGACGCACGUGGUUUUGUGGUGGAUGGUUUUCCAAGGGACAUAGGACAAGCAUUUACGUUUGAAGAACAGAUUGGUAUUCCGGACCUUGUGAUUUUCCUGGCCUGCUCGAGCCAGCGUUUACGGCAAAGGUUAGAGAGACGAUCUGCUCAGCAAGGGCGGCCAGAUGAUAAUGCUCACGCCAUCGACAGGAGACUGGAGAACUUUAAACAAAAUUUACCCCUGAUUGUAAAAUAUUACCAGGACAAGGGGCUCAUCGCCAGGUUUGAUGCGGACAGAGAAGAGAAUUGUAUUUUUGAAGAUAUAUGCUGUGCCGUGCAAGGCCUUCUCUUCCCAGAGUGCAUGGGACUACAAGAUUUCUCGCAGCAGGCUUUCCGUGCCUCGUCUUCUAGCAAGGACCACAGGAAGGACAAAAAAGCUACAAAUGUGACAGAACAGGUAACUGCCAUUCCUCUCACAUCCCGCUAG